AUGGGGGGCAGCCGCGUGGGGCCAGCCGAGGGCGUGGUGGCGCAGCACAGCCCCAAGACCAACCGCGCCAAGAACUCGUCCCCGUCCUCGGCCUCGACGGCGUCCUCGUCAGCGGCCUCCAACUCCUCGUCGUCCGGGGGCAUCUUCAAGAAAUCCCCGACGACGGGCCUCAUCAACGAGUCCACGACGAAGCACAUGAAGAUGGUGAGAACGAGAAGGCUCAUGAAGGAGUACCAAGAGCUGACGAGGGUCCAGCAGCUCAGCAAAGACCCCGUGUUUACAGUCGACCUCGUCAAUGACUGCUUGUACGAGUGGAAGGUCAAACUACUCCGCGUGGAUUCCGACUCGGAGCUGUACAGGGACAUGCAGGAGUUAGGGAUUCACCACAUACUCCUUUCCCUUAGUUUCCCUGAGAAUUUUCCCUUCCAUCCGCCUUUCCUACGCGUGCUCUCCCCCCGGCUGGAAAAGGGUUUCGUGAUGGAGGGCGGAGCUAUAUGCAUGGAGCUCCUCACCCCCCGGGGAUGGGCGUCCGCGUACACCGUGGAGGCCGUCAUCAUGCAGUUCGCAGCCAGCCUCGUUAAAGGACAGGGCCGAAUAUCCCGCAAACAGAAGACCCCAAAGGAAUUCAACAAGAGAUCAGCUGAAUCUGCCUUCCGAUCACUAGUCAAAACACACGAGAAGUAUGGCUGGGUGACCCCGCCGCUCUCCGAAGGCUAACCCAGGUGAAGGGCCAGAGAACAAGAAAGCCGUAUUCCAUCCGCUUCCUAUCCGAUCCACCAUGAAUCCAGGGGCAGAGAAACAGAAAAUAAAGAAAAAG